CGGUUGGUAUCAGGUGCUUCGAGAUUCCGGCUCGAGACGAUACAAGAAGACCUGCUGACAUUUGGAUUUAACUUAAACGACGUGCUAAUAUACUCAUUUUUUAAAAAUAAAGCAUAGGCUACACAUCUUAGAUUUAUUAAAACACUGGUGGGAAGGUGAAGCUGUUGCACUUCAGUAGGAGCGCUUUUUGGAAGAUGCAUUCCGCCAGAUAUGAAUACAACGACCGCAAUGGCCGUCACGAGCAGAUUGACUUCCUAACCAACAAAGAGAAGAAGUCUUCAAAGCGGAACAUCGGGGUUGCGAUCGGAGUCGUGGUGGCUCUUCUCAUCCUUGCCGCCGUUGCAGCGUUCCUCAUUUGGCUGUUUGUUUUUAAAGAUGCUGAUUCAGAAGGCAGUAUUGAUAUGCGGCUGAGCCCUUCAACGCUGGUCUUCAGUGGUCAUAUGAAGUUGGUUGAUGUACCGUAUAACCAGAAUCUGGAGGAUACCGGCAGCGAGGAAUUUGAAAGUUUGGCAGACAACCUGGAGGCACUAAUUUCAACAAACUACAAGACUGAUUUACUGCUCAGAGACUACUACACCACGUCUGUGGUCACUGCUUUCAGUGAGGGUGUGAUCGCCUACUAUUGGUCCCAGUUUAAUAUUCCAGUCCAAGACCUGGAAAUUAUGCCGGAGUUCUCAGAGGAGCGAGUGCUGGAGGUAUUGGAGAGAGGCAUGAAGAAGCAGCGCAGCACUGGGAACCCCAAGGAUAUCAAGAUUAGUGAAGUCACUGCCUCAAUCACAGAUCCCCGCCUGGCUAGGAACCCCAGAGCCAAGGGUUGUUUCUUCAGACUGGAGGCUUCAGAUCAUGUACAAACAUUUUCUUCACCUGGCUACCCUGAAGGCUAUCCCCCCAAGUCUCGGUGUCAGUGGCAAAUACGAGCUUCAGAGGAAAAUGCCAUAAAGGUUGCCUUUCCUUUUUUCCACAUCGAGGAUGACUGCUCAGAUGACUUUGUCUCAAUCUAUGACUCUUUGAGUCCAGAUGAAUCCCAGGCCAUCACAGAGAAGUGCGGUCAGAGGCCCCCCUCCAACCAAUUGGAGGUGGUGUCAUCCGGCAACAUCAUGCUGAUCAAUAUGAUUACUGACAGCGAGGUCCAAAAGCCUGGCUUCCAAGCUGAGUACAAAGCCAUCCCCAGAUCUGAAGUUAAAACGUGUGGUGUCGUCCUCACUGAAUUGAAAGGAGUCUUCACCUCCCCACUUCACCCCAGCUUCUAUCCUCCUGCAGUAGACUGCAAGUGGACCAUCAAGGUCCCUGCUGAUAAAAAGCUGCGGCUGAAGUUCACCAUGUUCCGCAUGAAAGAGCCUGGGGUGGAUAUCCGUGUAUGUCACAAAGACUAUGUGGAGGUUAUGGGCACCAAGUAUUGUGGCGAAAUCUCUUUGGCUCUGUCCAGCGAGUCCAACGUCAUGGAUGUGAUUUUUCACUCUGACGAGUCCUUCACUGACAAAGGCUUCAGUGCAGAGUACAGUGCUUACGAUCCCUCAGACCCUUGCCCCAACAAGUUUGCCUGCAACUCCGGCAUCUGCAUCGCUAAAGAACUGAAGUGUGAUGGCUGGAAUGACUGCGGUGAUAUGAGCGACGAAAUGGAGUGCAAGUGUGAAAAGGAUCAGUUUGGUUGUUCCAAUGGCCUUUGCAAACCAAAACUCUGGGUGUGCGAUCGAGUCAACGACUGUGGAGAUGGGAGUGAUGAAAAAAGUUGCAGUUGUGACGCGAACGAGUGGCGCUGUGGUGGUGGGGUUUGUUUGCCUCAGGACGUUGUGUGCGACAAAAAGACAGACUGUGAAGAUGGAAGCGACGAGGCCUCUUGUAAAGCCUCUCCAGGCAUCUGCUCUGACUUCAGCUUUAAGUGCAGGAACAAGGAAUGUGUCAACAAGGUGAAUGCCGAAUGUGACCACGUCACUGACUGCUCUGAUAACUCCGACGAGGACAGCUGCUUGUGUGGCACCAGGCCGUAUAAGCUGAACCGCAUCGUGGGAGGGCAGAACGCUGCUGUGGGGGAAUGGCCCUGGCAGGUCAGCCUUCAGUUCUUGUCCAAUGGGCAUGUGUGUGGGGCUUCAAUCAUAUCUGAGAAGUGGAUCCUUUCCGCCGCCCACUGCUUCAAAACCAGCAGCCCAGACAAUCAUGUUGCAGCCAACUGGCAGACCUACAGUGGCAUGCAGGAUCAGUGGAAGUAUGAUGGUGUAGAGCGCCGGCCAGUGAAGAAAAUCAUCACCCACCCAGAUUACAACCAGAUGACCUUUGACUAUGACAUUGCACUGCUGGAGCUCAGCGAGCCGCUGGAGUUCACCAAUACCAUCCAACCCAUCUGCCUACCCGCUCCCUCCCACAUCUUCCCUGCAGGCACGUCCUGCUGGGUCACAGGCUGGGGCGCGCUCCGAGAAGGAGGUUCAAAGGCACAGCUGCUGCAGAAGGCGAUGGUGAAAAUCAUCAACGACACGGUGUGUAACACUGUCACCGAGGGCCAACUCACCUCGAGAAUGCUCUGCAGUGGAUUCUUGUCCGGAGGAGUUGACGCAUGCCAGGGAGACUCUGGAGGCCCCCUGGUGUGUUUCGAGGAGAGUGGGAAGUGGUUCCAGGCCGGCAUUGUAAGCUGGGGCGAGGGCUGUGCUCGUCGGAACAAGCCGGGUGUCUACACGCGCGUCACCAAGCUGAUAGACUGGAUCAAGGGGGAGACAGGGAUCUGAUGAGGUCGGUAGGAACAGAAAAGGGACACAGAACGGGGAACAACAAAGUGCUAAAAAUAAUGGAGACGGAACUUUGAGUCUUCUUCAGGACCAGUCUCUCCAAGAUCUCAUGUAGUAGCAGACAGCUACUUGCAUGACCUAAAGCACUUUAUUUGGUUGCUAACCACCAACUACCCCAUUCCUCCUACUCACACACACACAAACACACACCUGCACACAAACAACUAGUAUUUUAUGUAGUUUUUAAAGAUGCAACUCUGCAGAGUAUCUUUCGACACCCAAGGAAAAGUCAUAUUUCACUGGUGAAUAUAUCAUGAGAGCAAAUUAUUAAAUAUUCUAGGAAUGUUUUCCUAAUAUUUGUCCAAUGUAACUUUUUAAGUUUGAUUGAGAAUCUAAACAUUGUAUACAUUUUUUUAAAAAAGGAAGUAAAUAUUGCUUUUAAGCUUUAGAAUUUUAUAUUUCCAGACAGAUAGGAUGCCUUCUUAGUCUUGGGCUGCAGUCAGUGUGGAACUUUGCCAGUCGUUAAUGCUGUAAAUAGUUAUAAAUUGGGGGUUUUAUGUAUCAAAUAUCCUACCGGACAAUAAAUGGGGUUUUAGCCUAUUUGCAACAAACAAGCUAUCCACAACUGUUUUCAAAAGCAUUGCAUAGGUUUUAAAUUGAUGAAACCAAUUUUAUUUAGCCGUUAGUCUCAGUUUUUAUCAGUAAAGUAUAAACAUUAACUUUAAGCGUUAUCUGCAUUGACAUGUUAUUACAAACAAAAGAACAAGAUAAAGACUCUUAAUAUUGCUCAUAACAUACAGAAAUGUAUGAAACCAAAAAGCCUACAAAAGUCAUCUUUGGUGCCACGAAUUGAACCAGUGUGGUUCUAGAUAAUGUUUAUCUGGAGUGAUACAAAUGUACAGAUGCUUACUCGUCUGGUCUGGAGUUUCCUCUCUUUGGUCACAGCCAGCUCAGUCAACUUUUAAAUCUCAAGCUUGACAGGAUGGAUCUUUUAUGUUUGCUUUUAUCUGUGAUCAAUCCUGGAAAUAUUGUUCUCUGGAUAAGCGAACUGAAGAUUUGCCAAAGUGUUAUUUAUUUAAGGGGAAAAAAUUAAGAAGAAAAAAGUGUAUUGCUAAAUGGAUGUCUUUUAUUAACUCCAAGUGUAAAUGUGUAUUUUCAUGAACAGGGAGAAGCCACAACGUUUUGAUAUUUUCUCUUGCAUUGAACAGCGUCUUUGGACUAUGGACAUAUUUUAUACUUUUUUUUUUGUUUGUCUGUUUGCAUAUGUUUUUAUAUAAAUGAGUCUUAGCAAUAAACAUAUUUAAUUGGAUUCCUCCUCA